UACGUGACAUAAUAGAGCAGCUGUGUUAGUGCUUCUUCCUGAUUUAUACUCGCUUUAGAGUCUAUUGACUGCAAUUUGGAUUAUAAAAUGGCGUGUCCUGCAAAUCAGACAGUGGAGUUAAACCAAGCCCUCCUCGCCCUCGACUGGCUUCUGGGUACCUGGGAGUCGGAUGAACCUGGUGAGGGCAAUUUUCCCACCAUAAAACCUUUCCACUACACAGAGACACUGAACUUCAGCCAUGUGGGACAACCAGUCAUCAACUUCACGUUUAACGCCUUCCAUGCAGAGACCAAAAGGCCCAUGCACAGGGAGUGUGGUUUCAUUCGAAUGCAGCCGGGAACUAACAGAGUGGCGUUCAUUAUUGCACAGAACUCAGGUCUGGUGGAGAUUGAGGAGGGGGAUCUGACCGGGCAGCAGCUGAACCUUCAGAGCCAGGCGGUGGCCCGGACCUCCUUCGCCAGAGAGCCGCAUGUGCAGAAGAUUUCUCGAGUGAUUCAGCUCCGAUCAGAUGGGAGGCUGGAGCAGAGCGUUUCCAUGGCAACAGACAACCAGCCUCUGAUGCAGCACUUGCACAUCACCUACCGUCGGUCAUCAUAACCCAACAGGCUGCUGGGCUUCUUAUAAUAGCAGUAUUUUGGUAAGGAAAGACAAAGGUUGCUGAAAUGAUAAAAAAUCACUGUUAAGUCAAUGAAUCAUUUAAAACAGCUUGGGGUAGGGUGUGUAUUAUUGCAUUACAGUGAAAAACGUGUAGAGAUAUAUUCAAAAAUGUAAAAAGCCCUGUGGAGUUUUCUUAUGAACAAACACACAUUAUGAUUACAUUCAGUUUCAAACACCGUGUGUGUGUGUUCAUGAGGUUUAACACACAUUUAACACAUUUCCUUCCUCAUAGAACAAGCUAUUUCAAAUACUCCAUUAUUUACAGCCAUGGUAAAGAGCAACCUGUCUUCUUCUUCCCUGCAUUUGCUGGCAUUCUGCUGUAUAUCUCAGUACAUUACCAUCACUUGUAGAUUACU